GCAAAAUUAGCACGGAGCUGAGCAGCCUGAAGGAGCAGAUGCAGAAGAUGACCGAAGGCCUCCAGACCUACAGCAACCUGGAGGCCCUAAAGACAGCUGGAGGGGAGAAGAAAAAGAGGCUGCAGGAGGAGAGGAUGCUCUUCACUCAGAGGAGGGAAGCCUUCAAAAAGGUUGUGCAGAAGAUGAAUGAGGAAUUAGAAGCACUGAAGGCUCGGCUGCUGGACAACGAGACGCAUGCUCAGCUUACCAACUUAGAGAGGAAAUGGCAGCAUCAUGAACAGAACAACUUUGUCAUGAAGGAAUUCAUUGCUUCCAAGGGAAUGGAGAGUGACUAUCGGCCCAUUGUGAGGAGCGUGACCAAACAGCUGAGUGAACACAAUCAAGCGCUCAUCGACGCGCUUCAGGGAAACAGGGGCUGAGGGCGCUCUGCUGUGGGAGUGGGCUUUACAGGAGCCCCAACUUGAUGUGGCGGGGGGGGAUGCACUACAGCUUUCAGAUACUGUGACAAACACAGGGUUUUAAAGACGUUUUAUUUUUGUAGUUCUUCAACUGUAUAUCAACAAAUUAAAAGGAAUUAAGACGUCAUCAUGAGCGCUGAAGUAGUUUUUAAUGCUUUGGAUAUAAAUGGGACAGUUUCCUACUCCCUCGCUUAGGGCCUGGCUUUGUAACACAGCACUAAUGUGCUGUGCUCAUUUGCCGAGUCUCUGUGCUUCGACGCCCAGUUUUCUACCUACCCCAACUUUCCCAGCCACACAAUUGUAGGAUAGGUUACAGCAGCAGUUAACAGCAGACAGGAACUUAGCUGUCUGAUAGCACUAUUGUUUUAACCAUAUUAGUUUCCGCCAAGAACCAAACUAUCAGUCAGGCACCUCCACCUUCCUCAGGCUAAAGUAAACAUACAUCCCCAGACCAGGGUAAUUCAUUGCUGCCGUUUGGGUUUGUGUCCAAACUUAAUAAAGCCGUGGUCUUGCUAAAGGGAAGACUGAAGUACGGCUGUUUUAUGGCGUGCACAGCCCAUGCUGUUGUGGGACAAACCAACUUCAGCUCCCAGUAUGGGGCUUCCUUACCGUGCUGUGCAGUCCUCUGGUGUGCAGGCUGAGCUCAUAGGGUCCACUCUUCCAACAGGAACUCGCAUGAUCUAACCUACGCUACCAGGCAAAUGUUUCUGUACACACUGAGAUUUUCUACAUUUGCAUGUAACUCACUUAACAUUUACUAAAAAUCAAUAUUCUUUGCUAACAAAUACAUUUACAGUAUGUUCACCAUUUGAGUACCUUUAUUAGCAAAAAAGAUCAUAUCUUUGGUUCAUCAAAGUAACCUCCUCUAGCAGUUAUGACAGCAGAGAAAUUCUGAGCCAUUCUUUCUACAAGGGACAUUAAAUACUGCUCUGUUUCAUGGGAUGAAACAGUUAGCUAGUACAUGUAAAGUUAAAGGACAACCUAGAAUUUGCCAUCACCGCACAACCACUUAACAGGAUGUCAGACAUGUACUGUUACAUGCCCUUUCCAUGUUAUAAGGAAAACUUGUUUUAUUUGACUUAUAUUCUCAUUUAUAGUCGUUCACUCAACUUUCCAUUGCUUAACAAGGAAAAAAAAUCUGCAGUUAAUGAAAUAAAUGCAAAUGUGGUAAAAAGCCUAAAAGGCUCAUACAUCGACCACAACUAAUGCUGGGGGGGGGGGGGCAUGCUAACCAUAACAUUUGCUGAGGUGGGGAGGAUUUGUAUGCUGUUCAUUGCAUUGUGGAGGUCAUUUAUAGCCGCGUGUUUUAUUUGGAUGCUGACCUUUGGACAUGAUUUGUCAGUAACAUGGUUUGUAUUUUAUUUUAACAUUAUGCAGAAAGUAUUUAGUUGUGAAAUAAUCAAUCAUAUCAGAACCUGUUAAUGUUAAGAUGUUCCAAUGGUAUUUAUGACACUUUUACAUUCCGGGUAUGAAGCUACGCUAAAGUUAAAUGGCAUUUAGUUAGCGUUACAUGUGACACAUAUAUGUGAUGAAAUAGGUUAUACAAAAAACGAAACCUGAAAAUAUGUUUUUGUAAGUCAUGUAUGUUGAUGUACAGUACUGUGCAAAAACAGUAAAUGAAAAUGUUUAGCAAAAAAUCACAUUGUAGUCUGUAUGUGUGUCUUUUUGCAGUUACAUGGUAGUUAGUCACAACGUUUUUGUAUCUGUUACUGUUCUUAAUGUUGUAUAAUGGAAAAUGGUGGUCACGGUGCAAAUGAGAAAUAUUUAAAUAUUUAGACAUAUAAAUAAUAUCGAUGACAUUUUAUGGCAUGGACAUUAAGUCAUCCACAGAGAAAUACUGUUAACCAUUUAAUCGGUGGAGGAAAAUUGGUAUGUAAGUGUAAUAUGCAAUAAAUGAAUAGGUGUAGUUUCAGAGCUAUGAGUCACAAUUAGGACUCAGAGCAUUUGGAAAAAACACAUUUAUUGGCUUUCAUGUUUCCAGUUGACCCAUCCAGUAAUUAUAGAAAUUGUAGCAGUUGGGGGUGUGGGAUUAGGUGGGGGCGAAGGGGCUGUCCUCACAUUGAUGCACUGUUGUCAUUCAAGCACCAUCUUUUCUAGUUUGUUUGUAUUUUUAAUUGUACGACAAAACUGAAUUCUCAAUAAAAACCAAAAGAAGUCA